AGAAAAUCUGCCUUCUUCACAUGGAUUUUCACACUUCACUUGGCGUAAAGAGAGCUUCUGGCAGAUGUGAGCAGGAGAAGGGGAGGAUAAUUGCAUGUUACUGAUGUGCAGAACGACAUCCUGUCCUAUUUACACUCCAGAUAUACUUGCGUGAUGAGCUCGCGCACUUCAGUGGGAGGGAGGAUACUGUACCUGCGCGCGCACGGGACACUCGACUAAAAGUUAGUUAGCUAGCUAGCUAACGUCGCGCUGAUAAACCGUUGCCGGUUUCUGUGAGACGCACCGAAUAUGAUGUACAUCUUCAAUCCACCAAUCAGAGUUCACCAUUCCCACCACCCGCGACAUGAUUGAGUACGAACUAGCCAAUCAGAACGCAGGACACGAAUACAGACAGAGAUCAUGUGUGGAAGGACAGCCUGCACCCUGGCCCCCGAUGAGCUCCGGCGUGCUUCUCGGUACCGAGACCGGUCUGGACAGCAUCGACAGCCUCAGUGGCGGGACGGUGAUGCGGAUAAAUACCGACCCUCCUACAACAAGAGUCCUCAGUCCUUCAGUCCGGUUCUGCUGUCCAGCAGACACUUUAAAAAGGCAAAGUGCUACUGAGACUCUCCUUUAUCGUUUUAUACGGGAAGCCGCAGUGGACGAGUGCGUGCUAGCGACGAUGCGCUGGGGUCUGGUGCCGGCGUGGUUCAAGGAGAGCGACCCCAGCAAGAUGCAGUACAGCACCACUAACUGUCGCAGCGAGAGCUUGCUGGAGAAAAAGUCUUACAAGGACCCUCUGUUGAAAGGUCAGCGUUGUGUCAUUCUAGCUGACGGCUUCUACGAGUGGAGGAGGCUGCAGAAGGACAAGCAGCCUUUCUUCAUCUAUUUCCCUCAGAGCCAAGGAGAGAAGCAGAACGAGAUUAAAAAGGAGGAAGAGUGUGAAAGAGAGCCAGGGGACACUGAAGAUGGCGGUGCGUGGGCAGGAUGGCGUCUGCUCACCAUGGCGGGGCUGUUUGACUGCUGGACUCCUCCUGGUGGUGGGGAGGUUUUAUACACCUACACUGUGAUCACUGUGAACGCCUCACCGAACCUGCAGAGCAUCCAUGACAGGAUGCCAGCCAUUCUGGAUGGAGACGAGGAGGUGAGGCGGUGGUUGGAUUUCGGGGAGGUGCGCUCUCUAGAAGCUCUCACACUGCUUCAGUCUAAAUCCUGCCUGACCUUUCACCCCGUCUCUUCAAUCGUCAACAACUCGCGCAACAACUCCCCCGAGUGCCUGCAGCCGCUCGACCCCACCGCCAUGAAGGCUCCUUCUCAGGUGUCGGCCAGCAGUAAGAUGAUGAUGAGCUGGCUGAAAAACGGCUCUCCCGUUAAGAGGAAAGCGCCUGAUGAUGCCGAACCUGAAGAAAAGCCUUCACCUGGGAAGCAGAAAUCCAAAGCAGUCGGUCCACUGCAGCAGUGGCUUCUGGGAAACGGGGCCAGUAAGAAACCAAAAACAUAAAACUCCUGAACGUUGAUAUUGUUAAGUAGUUUGUCAGUAGUGAAGGCUACUGUAAUUCUUUUACCUCCGAAUUUACGGUUGCUGAAUGAAUGAAUGAGACAGUUUUCCGCUUUGCUUCCUGAGUCACGCGAAUAUUUUAAAGCCUCCAUGUUGCAUCAUCUGUGCUCAUUGUUACUUCUAUUUCACGACGUUGUUAAGAGUUUAACUUCACCCCAUAUGUGUUAUGUAAUUGCAUUAUUUUACAAAGAAGGGACAGAUGAUUGUCUCCACACUUCAAACCCAGAGUUUGGGUGGAAUGGUUAAAGGCAGAAAGCAUUGAUCAUCUAUAAUUAACCCAGAAAGCCACAAAGACAUUUAUUUAAAUCCUUCAACUUCAGUACAAAACAUAGGAAGGGAAAUAAGUCUUUUUACUGGUAAUAGGGGUCACUUGAUCAGGUUGAAGGUGGCAGUGGUACUGUUUCUCUAAUGGUUUAAUUAGACAGACCCUGAUAAUUACAGUUCUUCCCAUCUUUACUUAAACA